AUGUCACCAACAUCACCAAGCCCUUCGUUGGCAAGCAUUCUAGUAGCCCGCUUCCUACGGGCCAACAAUUAUGCUGAAACGCUCAGUGCAUUCAUCCGAGAAGCGGGACUGCCCGCCGACGCGGGGCAAGUGAAAGGCGACGACGAAGAAAAGAACUGGACCAUCGAGAAAGUAAUCGACGAGAAGAAAGCCUUUGAUCGAACUGUGGGAUUUGAACGGUACGGGAAGAAGGGAGAGAAAGAUGUGUGGAGUGUUCCUGCACCCUCCAAUCCCAAAAUUGUAGAGACUACAACAUCAUCAAAUAUUCUAGCCUGCUCCGUCGAGCCAUGGAGGUUGUCGAACAAUGAGGAGAACCAAGACACCUCCUACCUUAUAGCAACCGGCGCAGACAAACGAGUCCAUCUCCUCAAAACACAGGCCGAGAAUGACACCGUCAGCUCUCUUUCCGGCCUCUCCGACUCUCCAAUCCUCUCAUACGUCUCCAUCCAAAAUGGCGAAUACGCCUGUCUAACCAACAUGUCCGGCCAGCUCCUCCUCCACCGGAACGGCGAGAUCCUCGACCAAAGAAAAGACCACUUCAAGUACGCUAUAAAAAUAGUUGCAUUCGAGGACUCCGACCCAGAAACGUCCGUCUGGAUCGCCACAGCUGGCUGGGACUCCAAAAUCCAUCUCUACAACCUCCAUCUCUCAGACCCAGACACGGAGCCAGACUCUAUAGCCAUCGGCGACCCCAUCGCAUCCAUCAAUCUAGCCUCAAACCCAGAGUCAAUCCUCUUCGUCCAACAUCCCGACACUAACCAACUCCUUCUGCUCGUUUCCCGACGCGACUCAACCCACCUGUACUAUUACAAGGUUCAACAAGAGCCGGCGGAUACUCCUUACGAAUGCCCCCUCCUCGGUAAACAGAACCUGGCCCCCCACUCGAACGCCUGGGUAGCUUUCUCCCCGUCCUGUCUUGCCCUAAAUCCCCAUGACUCUGGUCUGCUGGCUGUUGCAACGUCUGCGCUACCCCAUAUGAAGGUCAUUAUUGUGCGGCUCCUGUUCCCGUCUACGGAUAGCUUGGAUGUUAGUGGGGACCGGGAGCCGGUGACACAGGCUACGCAGGCUUUUGGGGCGCUUGCGCUGCAGAAUCGCGAGGAUGCGGCUAUUGUGAUCCAGGCGAAUACGUUUGCGCCGCAGACGGCGUAUUCGACGCCGCAGGUUGUUUGGCGGCCGGAUGGGUCCGGGGUCUGGGUUAAUGGGGAUGAUGGGGUGAUUCGUGGGGUGGAGGCGAAGACGGGCAAGGUGGUUACGGCGUUGAAGGAUGGGCAUGUGGUUGGGUCGAAGAUUCGGACGAUCUGGGCGGGUUGGGUUGAUGGAGAAGAGUGGUUGGUUAGUGGAGGGUUUGAUAAGAGGUUGGUUGUUUGGAAGGUGGAGUAG